GCUGUAGAGUACGGAGACAGUCAUAGAACAUCUAAUGCAUCGAUAUUUGGGGAAGUGUACGUGUGAAAAUGCUAUUGUGGGUUAACAACAGUGGAAAAGCAUGGCGUUCCAUAAAAGGCUCAAAGCUCUUCAUCAAUUACCUAACAUGUUGACAACUUAAUUAGUACUCUACUUAUACAUCUCAUGGCUUCUUCUUCUUCUCGCCCCUACCAAACUCAUACUCAUCUCCCAACAGGAGAUAAAGCUGUUCAAGAGGAAGUAGAAAAAGAGGAAGAUUGGUUAAAGUUAGGGUUAGGGUUAGGGUUAGAAUUAGGAAAUAGCUCAUCAUCAUGGAAGAGAAUUGUAGGUCAAAAUCACAAAUCAAACCCAAUUUUAGCUUCUCCUUCACAAACCCUAAAUAGUUACCCUCAGAUAGAAUUAGGGUUAGGGUUUGAAGAUAAGAGUUCAAGUUUAGAAGCAAUUAGAAAAGGUAAAGAGGAGAUGGAACAUAGCUUGUUAAUGGGUUGGCCAUCAGAUAAUUGUUAUGAUGACCAUCAUGAUAAUGAUAAUGGUAUGGUGUUAUGGCCAUCAUCAUCGUCAUCAUCAUGUCAAAUUAUUAUGAAUCCUCGUGGUGAAGACUUGCCUUUGCAGAUUCCUACUGAUUCUCAUCAUUAUUGGGGCAGAUCAAAUCAUCUUAAUGAUCACAAUCAAUCUGGUUUGUGGUUUACGCUACGCUCCUUUACCAACCGGAGUGGUGAAGUUUUGCCUCAAAUAUCAAAAGAGUACAUAAGAGUAAAGGAUGAAAACAUGACGGUUUUGAUGGUUAAAAAGUAUCUGGUUACAAAACUCGGUCUCUCCAACGAAGCUGAGAUUGAUAUCUCGUGCAUGGGAGAAAGCUUAUUGCAUAUACAAACUUUGAAGCAAGUAAGAGACACUAUUUGGCUACCUAGAUUAGUUGAAUCUGUAAAUUCAACAACUUUAUCACUUGGAGAUUUCCAUGACAUCACUAUGAACCAUUUAAUGUCCCUAAAUUACCAAAAACAUUGCAUAUUUAAUUGAGAUAUGUAAGUAGUUAUUAUUAUUAUUAUUAUUAUUAUUAUUAUUA